UGGCGCCUCAGUUUGCUAUGUUAUAUGAUGAUAUUGAAUGUUUUGGAAGUCAUUGAGAGCUCCCGUUGGACCGGAUUUGAUAUUUCGAACAAGCACUGAGAUUCCCAGGGGCAAGGAAGCUGUACUGUUUACAAUAAACGGAGAUAUCAAAGCUCUCCAGGACCUGUUUGUUCCAGGCCAGAUUUUCUUUUUGAUUGAACUCAAGGUGGGUACAUAUCACUCUGUGUAAGUAUUGUAUCUACC